AUAUCAGCGGUCUAGUAGUAGGUACCUAGUAGUUUUCUUCCAACGUCUAAGGUCUUUAACAUGUCUGUCAAAAAUGUCAAAAUUUGAAUGUCAAAGCGAUGGCCUUACGUGGUUUUAUUUUAUUUGUGUUUUAAAAACUUUAUAACAAAAUAAUGCAAUCUGAAUCAUCAGCAGCAAUAUUAUCCGAGAUUUUAUCACAAAACAGAUGUUUAACUAAACAGAGAAGACAUGCUGUUCAUAGGUAGAUCAACUGAAAUGGAAACCAUGCAAUGUUGUAACCACAAACCCCUACGCACGAAAAUGAUUUUGGAUAAGUGUAAAACUGUGUUAAUAUUGUCUAGUGUUGUGUGUACCCUCGCUGUGGUAAUAGCGCUUCAUAAAUUGCUCUACUAUGACGGCAGAUUUGUCAAGCCUUUCUCGCCAAUACCUGCAGGGUUGUACGGUAAUUAUCUGAAAACAGUUGGCGAGGAAGUUAUACCUUCCACGCCGUCUCCUGAAAAGCAGGAUAAAGCUAGAGAUGCAGAAGCCGUAGUCUCUCUCAAUGCAGCUCUAGACAUGAAGAAAAAUGGUAAGGCUGAUAAAGCUUUAAAACUGUUUCAGCAUGCAUUUGCUCUGUCACCCAAACACGCAGAUAUAUUAAACCACUAUGGGGAAUUUUUAGAAGACACUAAAAAGGACAUAGUAAAAGCUGACCAGCUGUAUACAUUAGCAUUAACAAAUUUCCCGGAACACACAGGAGCUUUGAUGAACAGACAAAGAACAGCUAGUAUAGUAGAAAAUUUGGACAGAGAAAUGCUGAGGAAGAUUGAUGAAAAAAGAGAUGCACUGUUGUCAAUACCUGAAAACAAUGCUGCUCUCUGUAGAGCCAAAAAAGAGGCGUAUUUCCAGCAUAUUUAUCACACAGUUGCUAUUGAAGGAAAUACCAUGACCCUGUCGCAAACAAGAAGUAUUUUAGAGACCAGAGUUGCUGUCUCUGGCAAGAGUAUUGAUGAGCAUAACGAGAUUCUAGGUUUAGAUGCGGCUAUGAAGUAUAUAAAUUCUACACUAUUGUACAGACUUCGAGACAUAACUAUGGGAGAUAUUCUUGAAAUACAUAAAAGAGUGCUGGGACAUGUUGAUCCUGUGGAAGGGGGUCACUUCAGGCGGACACAGGUGUAUGUUGGAGGUCACAUACCACCGGAACCGUCCGAGAUUCAAAGACUUAUGAAUCAAUUCCUGGAAUGGCUUAACUCUGAAGAUGCAUUGGAUUUGCACCCUGUUAGAUAUGCAGCUUUGGCACACUACAAACUCGUCCACAUACAUCCAUUCCUUGAUGGCAACGGACGGACGUCUCGUUUGCUCAUGAACCUGCUGCUGAUGCAGGCCGGCUACCCGCCUGUGAUCAUUGCCAAACAACACAGACACCUGUAUUACCAACAUUUACAAACUGCCAACGAGGGAGACGUCAGACCUUUUGUAAGAUUUAUUGCGCAAAGCACCGAGAGAACCCUGAACCUGUACCUUUGGGCCACCAGUGAGUACUCCCACAUGGUGCCAGCCAUCGGGAAGCCCCACAUCCUCACGGGAGAGGGCUUUGAUGAAGACUUACUUUGACCCUAACACUCAUGGCAAUAUGGCUAAAAUUGCAAAACUUAACAACUUCCAGACCAGUCUCGACUUUGAUAACGUUUCUAAAAGGAUUAUUCAGUUUGGUGAGGCAUAGUAAGUUACCAACUAUGUAUAUAUAAAUAGGGACCUGGAGAUCACGUAGAGAUAACAAAGUUUGAUCUAUUGGUAGAGAGGGGUGACAGCUAAGAACACUCUGCUCUUUCUCUCUGCUUAUCGUUGUCUCUGCGUCGCCUGUUUCUGCUUGGUCUAGGCAUAUCAUCAUUAUCAUGUUAGAACAUGAUGUGUCUACAUUUUUCAUACAAAAAAUUAUAUUGUCUUUGUUUCAGUUUAAAAUUGAUGAAAAUGGCCUUUGCAUUUACAGUUUAUUAUUUUUCGUGAGUGCUGAAAGAACUAAGAUUCAUGGAGUUAGUAAAAUUUGUAAAUAAAUACUUAUUAUAAGUGUAAAUAAAAAGUUAUGCUUUUAGGCAAUAUUGUGCAUUUAUUUUAGAAUCUGUUUCAAAAAAAUAUUUUUAUUAGGAAAUUCUUAAGUGCAAUCGGGCUUGAAAAUGGAUAUUGUUUUGAAUAGUACCUACCUAUAUUUAUUCAAAAUUAACUAGAAGCGCACAAAGUGUGGUUGUUCAUUGACUAUUCAUAUUUAAUUGACAUUUGAAGUAUUUUUAAACAGUAGGACAAUGUUAAUUACAAAGAACUACAUCAACUACAAAUUACAAACAACUACCAUCAACUUUUAUGAACGAUUUAAAUUCUCAAUUUAUGAAACCAGAAAUGAAUCUAUUAGAAUUAAAAACUAACUUGAUGGUACGAAUUUGCGAUGCAGAUCAGUUUAGGCCCUGCACGAGAUCGUAUUAAGAUAUUAUAGUAAGCCCCCUGGUGCAAGACAUUCAGAAUUAUUGGCGGGCACAAGUCUAGUCUACGACAUAUUAGAAAGGGCAAUUUUUUACCGUGCUUAUUGGUUAUUUCAUUAUGUGAGUGUGAUUAACAUUCUGCGCCAAUUUAUCGUCUCAAACUUUUAAAUAUGUAUAGUUUCCAUUAUAAUAUGUACUUAGCCGUAUGUAAGAAUGUACUAAAACCAAAGAGGUUUCUCUCCGUGUGCCUACUUAUUGUCAAAAUUACCUAGAAUGUUCUGUGAUAUUUGUAAUCAAGUUAUUUAUUAUUUAUUUUCGGUUCUUGUAGCUUUAUCAUAUUAUGGUAUGACAUUAUUAACUUAAUGACUUUUAUUUUUAUUUUAUUGUAAAUAUUAAUUGCAACGCGAUAAGUUGUUUUAAAGUCUUCCUUUUAUUGCAAUUUUAAAUUUUAUGCAUACAAGUGCAAGUGGAACGAAUUGCGUAAACCUGUGUUUACUCCAAGAGAUUUGAUUUCAUUGGAACUACAGCUCAAUCAGUAUUUUAAAAACAUUGUAAAUAUAUUCCUACUUAAUUUAAGGACUGGAACACAUCUUGUCAAUUUAUAUUUUUUGUUUAUAAAGAUGUGAAGUAGUCUUCCUUUGUUUUCGUCUAUAGUGCAUGUUGAGACCAGUACAAAUUCUGUAACUCUGUAAUAAAACUUAAAAUGUUAUUAAUUUUUUUUUCUAUAUCAUUAUUGUACUUUUGGCAAUGUAUUUGAUAGACUAACAAUCUAUCAUAUGCUCGAAUAACAAGAAAAGUGAAAAUCCCACGAUUUUAACAAUAUGGGGUAUAUUGUUAAGUAACAUAAUGCCGGCUUCACACUAUCGCGGAAAAGUUCGCCGAACUUGACAAAUUUGAUUUUUCAUUGCGAUAAAAAAUACUAAUACAAACUAGGCAUUCGCGUCGGCGUUCGACGAUAGUGUGGAGCCGUCAUAAUGUUAUAUAUAUAUAGCAAUUUCUAAUAAUUUGAUUUUACAAAAAAAUGAAUAUUUAAUUAUAGGAUAUUUCCAUGUUGAAAACCUGUUGAAAUAAAACAAAUAUUUCAA